AUGGGAUACAUAAAUCUGCUCGAGCUAAAGCUUUUGUUAAAUAUAUCAUUAGUCGUGCUGCUGGUAAACGGACAUGGCACCCAGACGGAAGCACAGCCAGAGUUCCUGGCCGCGCUGGACAAUCUCACGGUGACACAGGGCCGCGACGUUUCCUUCACUUGCGUUGUGAACAACUUGGGACAGUACAGGGUAGCAUGGAUCAAGUCGGACUCGAAGGCGAUUCUCGCCAUCCACACACACAUGGUGGCCCUGAAUCCACGGCUAUCCGUCACCCACAAUGGCCACAACACCUGGAAGCUGCAUAUCUCCCACGUUCAGCUGAACGAUUCAGGAAGCUACAUGUGCCAAGUGAACACGGAUCCGAUGAGACAUCAGUCGGGCAACUUGGACGUCGUCGUUCCACCUGAUAUUUUAAACGAACACGAGCCCAACACCCUGGAGGGCGGCGUGGCCAACGAGGCCGGCAACGUGCAGCUGGUGUGCCAGGCGACCGGUGUCCCCGAGCCGACGGUCCAGUGGAGGCGUGAAAAUGGCAAGGAUAUCGUCGUGCGAACGGAGGGCAGAGAAAAACAAGUGGUGAAGUUCAUCGAAGGCGAACGACUCGUCCUGAACCAAGUGCAGAGAACCGACAUGGGAGGAUAUCUCUGCAUCGCCUCGAAUGGUGUUCCGCCCUCGGUUAGCAAACGGUUUGAUGUCCAAGUGAACUUUCCACCGAACGUGAAAGCCGGAAACCAAUUAGUUGCCGCCCCGGUCGAGAGCCACGUGCUGCUGCAGUGCGUCGUCGAAGCAUUCCCGACUCCGCUCAACGGAUGGCACAAGCAUGAUGGAGGUAACGCUGGACACGGUGUUAAUGGCGCCGCGAGCGGAAACGGCGGCAUGGCCGGUGGAACCGGCACCGGCGGCACCGGAGGCAACGGGCUGGAGAAACCGAGGAACACGCAAAUGCCGGCCCCAAUACCAUCGCGGCAGCCGCUCUGGAUCCUGAACAACAAGUCGCCCGCGGCGAGCAUCUUCGCCCAUGGGCGGCCCUCCAGCACGGUCGCGUUUGUUAGUUGUUGUUUGCUGAUGAUUUAUAGUCUGUUGAUGUUGCCGACAUUUACAUGA